AUUGGAGAAAAUAAAAUCUCACGGACUCCGCCAUCAAAACGACGCCGUAUUCCGAUAUGCCAGCCGAAGAACACCGUAACGCCUCGCCGGCGGCGCCACAUCCACCGACGGACACGGCGGAAGAAGCUAUCUGGUUAUGGACUCAGAUCAAAGCAGAAGCUCGGCGGGACGCAGAAUCUGAGCCGGCAUUAGCAAGCUAUUUGUACUCAACUAUACUAUCUCACUCUUCGCUUGAACGCUCACUCUCUUUUCAUUUGGGGAACAAGCUUUGUUCUUCAACGCUUCUAUCUACUCUUCUCUACGAUCUGUUCCUCAAUAAUUUCUCCACUGAUCCUGAUCUACGCGCCGCCGCAUCCGCUGACCUACUCGCCGCUCGCUACCGUGACCCGGCCUGUGUUUCCUUCUCUCAUUGUUUGCUUAAUUACAAAGGCUUCCUUGCUUGUCAGGCACAUCGAGUAGCUCACAAACUUUGGACUCAAUCCCGAAGGCCACUUGCACUUGCACUUCAAUCCCGAAUCUCUGAUGUUUUUGCUGUUGACAUUCAUCCAGCUGCCAAAAUCGGAAAAGGCAUCCUCUUUGAUCAUGCAACUGGAGUGGUUGUUGGUGAAACUGCAGUUAUUGGAAACAAUGUGUCGAUUCUUCACCAUGUAACCUUAGGAGGAACUGGUAAGUUUGGUGGUGACCGACACCCUAAGAUUGGUGAUGGAGUGCUCAUAGGUGCAGGUGCCACGAUAUUAGGCAACAUAAAUAUUGGUGAGGGAGCCAAGAUUGGCGCUGGAUCAGUGGUUCUGAUUGACGUGCCACCACGAACAACUGCAGUUGGAAAUCCAGCUAGGUUGGUGGGAGGGAAAGAACAGCCAACUAAGCACGAGGAAUGUCCCGGAGAGAGUAUGGACCAUACAUCUUUCAUAUCUGGAUGGUCUGAUUACAUCAUAUGACUUGCAUAUCAUGUAUGAUAUAUUUGCCAAAUGAACUAAGAAGUCGUCGUCUCAGAACAUAAACGAGAUGACAGAGGUUCGAUCUUACUGCUGCUGACAGUCUAUAACGAAAAGAUCUUUUAUCUAUCUACUCUAAAAGAUUAUUCUUCUGCUUUUCUGUACUUUGCAUACUGUGAAAGUUGAAUAUAUCCCCAGUAUGGAUGAAUAAAAAGUAUAGUGUUCCUGGAAUUGAGUAAUAUUUAUUCACAGUAGAGUUCACUACAUGUAACCAAUUGGUGUUUGAAUGGCCUUGAAACCAUGUUUAUAGAAA